AUGUCUCUAGCGGCCCAUCCGGCCGCACCCUUUGCGGCCUACCGGUCAUCGCAAGGGCCGCGAAUACUUGAUCCUCCACCAUGGUCCAACGCAGCAUCAGUCCCGCAGCAUGGCCGCUCCAGAGCAGGCCUAGACGCAAUCAUCCCGCCUCAGCUUCAUCCCCUCGUGAGGGCCUAUCUACUUGGCUAUGCAUCUAGUGUCGCCCCGCGUCUUCUCACCGUAUUCCUUACAUACUUCACCGCGCACCGCCGCCGGCGUCGGGGUCUCCCCCCAGUUCAGUCUGAAAAGGCGUCCUUUGCAUAUCUGCGUGACUCGGUGCGGCAUAUUCUAGGUGCUGGGCUAGAAUGGCGGCGCUUCCCGGCAUUUUGUGCCACACUUGUUGGCGGCAGCACACUUCUCGAGGUCCCUUUUUGUAAAUUGCUGGCACGGUCUGCCCCGGGUCUCUCCAUUGCCGCGCGCACACGGCUCUCUCGUUGGCUUGCCUCGUUUGUCGCUGCCUAUGGCGGGCUACGUCUCCUACAACUGGGGCAAAGGCCAGGACUCACGAGAACUGUUGUUGUUAAUUCCGACGUUACUUCUACAGCUCAGUCAGACAAAGCCGAUGGCACCAAGACAACGGCUACGGCCGGUGCUGCCACACCGGCCACCCCAUCUACCAACGCUACCAUACCAUAUGCAGGUCGCACCCUUGAUCUGACGCUCUUCGCUGUCACGCGCGCGGUCGAUGUCAUUGUGGGGGAACUAUGGGCACGCCACAAGGCUCGGCGAGUUGCCGCAGGGUCAUGGUCAAGUCUGGAGGUUUUGAUUGGCCGCCUCGUCGAUCCAGCAAUUUUCUCCAUGUCGUCUGGGCUGGUUAUGUGGGCAUGGUUCUAUGCUCCGUCAAGGCUACCACAUGCAUACAACAAGUGGAUCACAUCCGCUGCUGCUGUCGAUGCUCGCCUCAUUAACGCUCUCCGCCUCUGCCGUAACAACCAGCUGCAGUAUGGUAAGGAUUUGGGGCCCGAUGCUCGUGUUCUUGAAGGCAUGUCGCAGGACUACGGUUGGCCGCUCUCCUGGGGCGAUCCGGCAGUAACCGUACCUUUUCCGUGCACUAUGGUCCACAUGGAUUGCGGUCCAUCGUGUGAGUAUCACGCAUUGAUGCGCAUGUGGCGGUCGUGGCGUUGGUCCAUGGCCACAUAUCUACCACUGAGUUUGCUGCUCGUCCUUCGCAAGCCAAACAGGAAUCCUCGCGGUGUCUUAAAAGCCAUUCUGUCAGCCAUACGCUCAUCAGCCUUUCUUGGAACAUUUAUCACGCUCUUCUUCUACGGGGUCUGCUUGGCCCGUACUCGCGUCGGACCACUCAUUCUCGGCACGUCUGUCGCGGCUCGCCAGACCAUUGACUCCGGCCUCUGCACCGCUGUCGGUUGUGGCCUAUGUGGCUGGAGCAUUUUAAUUGAGCGUGCCAGUCGGCGCAAGGACAUUGGUCUCUUUGUGGUACCACGCGCCUUAGCUACUAUGUUGCCUCGUCGCUAUCCCCUGGACAAGCAGUGGCGCGAAACAUUGGUGUUUGCAGCAAGCACUGCCGUUGUGUUCACGGCCAUCCAAGAAAACCCCAAACGUGUGCGCGGCGUCAUGGGCGAGGUCCUCAAGACCGUUCUUGUGCCGUAA